UGCCCCCCUCGGACGGCUGAGGGGGCGGAGAGCGCGGCCGGUCGCCCCGACACCGGGAUUCUGAGUUGCCGUGCUGACCGGGGGUGCCUGCGCACGGCUGCAGGGAGGCAGUGGCUGUUUGCUAAACCCCAGAGGAAGGGGACGUCCCGGGCCGGCCCUGCGGGCGACUUAGCUCCCAGCUGGGCACCAGGGAGCACCCGCCGGGCCGGGGGGACUAGUCCCCGGGGGCGCCUGCCAGGCCUCAGAGCCCCUAAGGGAGCAGGGGCCCCACCAUGCCAGCCAAGACCCCCAUCUACCUGAAGACCUCGACGCCGAAGCGGGGCCGGAAGCUGCGGCUGCGGGACGUGCUGUCGAGCGACAUGAUCAGCCCGCCGCUGGGGGACUUCCGGCACAGUGCCCACAUCGGGCCGGAGGGCGAGGGCGACAUGUUCGGGGAACUCUCCUUCCUGCAGGGCAAGUACGACCUGCUGCCCAGCCUGGGCCGGCGCCUGGCCUCGCAGAGCGCCCAGGCCGUGGGCCACGAGCCGGCCCGGGGCCCCACCGCCAGCGGCUACCGCAGCCUACUCAAGAGCGCCGUCUCCCUGCCCGUCUUCAGCGGGGAGCCCAGCCCGGAGCAGGCACCCCCCAAGCCGCCCCGGCUGCACCUGGAGGAGCUGCCCAGCAGCCAGCGCUCCAUGUCCGUGAGCUGCGGCGAAGGCUGUUUCCACAGCGGCCAGGGCCUGGCCUUCUCCUCCAUCUCCCACUACGACCAGCUGCCCUCCUCCGUCUCCUUCUCCGCUGCCUCCUCUGAGGGCUCCUUCCCGGGCCCCUGGGGGCUGAGCUACGGCGCCCGGGCCGGCACGGACACCCAGGAGCCCCCGUACUCCCCCGGGGCCUCUGUCCCGCGCUCCGAGUCCCUGCUGGGGCUGGACCUGGACCUGGGCCCCUCCAUCCUGGACGACGUGUUGCGGAUCAUGGAGGAGUACAAGCUGCCCGGCGCCAAGGCCCUGUAGAGCCGUCCCGGCAGCCCCUCCAUGCGCGGGCGUGCUGCCCACUCAGAGAACGCCCUGACCUCUGUGCCACCCACCGCCCCACACUCCCGCGCUGGGCCCACAAGGGGCACCGCGGCUCUGGCCACCUGGGCUCUGUGGGGGGCCUGCUGGGCCUGGCCCCCGGAGGGGACUGGGGCACGGCUUAGCCCCUGACCCAGCGCGGCUCAGGAACUGGCCUUGGGCAUCACCUGGCGGAGGAGAACACGGCGCAUGGACGUUCUCUCCAGCUCUGCCUGUCCAGCAACAGCAGCUCGACUUCAGGAAGUUUCAGGCCUUCAGCGCUCCCUGCCCGGCUCUGCCCCCGGGCGGGCUGGGCUCGGGGCCGGCGAGGAUAUGGGCUGAGCUGUGCGCCAUGCGCCGAGCUCCUCGUUCUGCGGCAGCCAGAGACUCGCAGGCCCCGUGGAAUGUGCUGCACCAGCGGGGACGCUCCUGGCGCUUUGCUGCUGCGCCGGCCCGGAUCCAGCCCUGGCCUGGGACCCAGCUCGGGGCUGCGGGAUCCUGCCCCACUGGGCACAGAGCCCAUAUUUAAACACUAACCCCCCACCCCCCAGUGUAACCGCAGACCCCUCCCCCCCCAUGUCCCUGCCUCCUGCCAUGGGCCUUGGCUGGCCGCUGACCCUGGUGGGGGGGCUCCUGUACGCUCCAGGGCCAGGGAGACCCCGUGGGAUUCUCCACAGGGGGAAGAUCUGGGUAUGUUCCCCCCCCCCCCCAGUCACUGCGGCAGCAUCCUUACAUCUGACCCCGCUCCCGCAGGGAGGGGCUGCCCCUGUCCAGCGCCCUCCCCCACGCCCCUGCGCACGAGGACUGGGGACUGCCAGGGGGUGAGGUGGGAAAGGACGGGGAGGUUUGGUGGCUGGGAAGGGGACUGGGGAGAACACACACCCAUGCACACACAUUCACACUCAUACACUCCCUGCCCCCCCCACACACCCAUACUCUCACACACCCCUACACACAAACCCACACCCCCCUACACAGGGCUGCCGAGAGCGGGUUCGGGCCCCGGUGAAAAAAAUUUUUCGGGCCCCCCAGCAAGGGCAGACCGGCUAAACAGGGCCGCCAAGGGGGGGAAGCCGGGCCCCAGUAAGGCAACGAGAGGGGUGGGAAGCCGGGCCCCCUUCCAGCCCGCCAGGCCCCGGUAAUUUGUACCGGCUUCCUCCCCUCUCGUCGGCCCUGCCCCUACACACACUCACUCUUACCGUUCUUGGGUUUGUUUGCUGCCGGCACCCAGCCGCUCCCGCAUCUCCGCCAGCAGAGACUGCGGCCCCUCCGGCGUGGCCAGGCUGAAGGACGGAGCGGUCCGGGGUAGCACACCUGGGGAUCUGGCACCAAACCUUCCUGCCCCCUUGGGAGGGGGCCGCCCCACAGCCACAGCCGGGCCCCCCAGGUUCUGCCCUGGGCCCCUGCACCAUCCUUGGCAAAUCCCAGCUGGUGACGCCCGCCCCUCUCACCACAGACCUGGUGCUCCCUGCUGGCACGUGGCUUCACGGGGGAUCGUCUGGCUUGCGUCUAGUUCUGGCCCUUCAGCAGCUCCUGCCCCUUGGAGAACAGCUCCCGUCCUCCCCUCGUGAGCCCCCUGCAGCGCAUCCCCCUGCGCCCAUCACCGUGGCCUCUGAACCCCUCGCUCUCCUACCACCUGGAGUCGUGUGUCAGCAAUGAAAGUGUUUCAUCCCCGGGGCCUGCGUCCUGUGAUGGAGCCCAGCCCCCAUGGGCGCCGCACGGCCAGCGAGUGACCCGGGCUCCCGACCGGCUGCGCCCGAACGGGUGGGACGCAGGGCAACCGCCGGCAUGGGCUCUGCCCCGGGUGUGCCCCAGCCCCAUGGCUCUGCCUCCUCAGGUGCGAAACAGGCCAGAGCCCCCCGCAGAGGUGCCUGGGAAGGGGAGAGUCCCUCAGCCUGAGCGGAGCUCGAAACAGCCCCCGCCUUGCCAGGAGGGUUGGUUUCCCGGGGCUCUGUCCUGCUCUCCGGUUCGUCUCUGGGCCCCCAUCGCUUUGCCCUCACAGCGCCGUGUGAGGCAGGGCCACGCAGCUCCACGGAACCAGGACUUGGCCCAGGUCUCCAGAGUCCCGGGGCAGAACCCUAACCGCUGGGCCACCCUGCCUGUCCGCUCCGCGGAGCGCGCCCAACCUGGUCUGCGGAGGGUUGAGUCUCAGGACCAGGCCUGGGUCCCCAUCACAGCUCUGGGCGGUCACUCGGUUUAAUGACACCGCUGAGCCCGAGAGGCAGGGCUUGGCGCCCGGGGAGAUGCCAGCGUGGGGGCCUGGGGACAAGGAAUCAGGCCCCACGAGCCACAUUUGGCACCAAACUCCCAGGCCUGAGCUAGCCUCAAAGACACACCAGAGUUACGGACACUGAUUCUUCUACAGCGGAGAACAGAACCCAGGAGUCCUGGCUCCCAGCCCCCCCUGCUCUAACCACCAGCCCCCACUCCCCUCCCAGAGCUGGGGAGAGAACACAGGAGUCCUGGCCCCACCCCUGGGAAUUUGACCCACUCCUUUCCAGAGAGGGCGGUGAGUGUCACUGUGGGUGGCUGUUUGCCCUGGAUGACUGGGGCCCUGGCAUGCAGCGGGUGUGACAGGGCGCCCGGCCUGGCAUUCCUCGCUGCCCAGUGCACAAUCCAGCCCUUUCUGUGAGCUGCAUUCGCUGGGGGGGGGGGGCACCUCCUUGGGACCAUGUGAAUGAGUCUGGCCGCUCCAGCGUCCCAGACUCUGACGCACUCAGACGUGCCCUCGUGCACGGUGAUGGCAUGAGAGCCGUGCACAGCUCACCACAGCCACAGGCCAUGCACUGCAGGGCUGACACCCCCCAAAGAGCCUGGGCUGUUAUUGUAGGGUCUCCCAUGCCCCCCGGGCUGCGCACACGGGGCUGUUGUCGUCGGGUCUCCCGUGCCCCCCGGGCUGCGCACACGGGGCUGUUGUCGUCGGGUCUCCCGUGCCCCCCGGGCUGCGCACACGGGGCUGUUGUUGUGGGGCCUGUUCUGGGCUGCUGACCCUUUCCGGAGAAUGGGGCUCAGCCUGGCCUGUGAGGGGGCAGCUGACCCCCAGCUGAUCCCACACUAAGCAGUAAUGAGCAGUAACGAGCCCAGCUGCGGCAGGGGCGAAGGAAGGGCCUGGGGAAGGAGCCACAGGCCGUGUGACGAAGUGGGACUGUUCUUAAUGUUUUCCUCAGUUUCCCCUAUGCAGCUCUUCAGUCUCUAGGGGGUGGGAUAAGGGUGUAUGGUGGCUGCAGAGCAAAGGGCCAGGGUACAUAAAUGCCCGACACUCUGUCUCCUAGCAACUGAUGGCCUGGGCCCCUCCUCUGCAAAGGUGCCAACUGAAGGUGUUGGAGACAAAGGGAUCAGGUGACCUCCCGGCCCGGGAAAGAGACAAAGCCCAGAGAAGGAGGGACUGGAUGGGGGUGGAAGUUUGGAGCUAGCUGGGGACUGGAAGUGAGGGCAGACGGGGGUCUGCCUCACUGGGCCCCGGAAUGGACCCGGCCGAGGGGUCCCGUUCGCCGCUGUACCUACAAGCUCUGUUUUAGACCGUGUUCCUGUCAUCGAAUAAACCUCUGUGUUACUGGCUG